GCCACGUGGGUUUGGCAGGCUGGGGCGUCCGGCUGCCCCCUGGUUUAGGCUGAGCGAUGGGGAAGAAGAGCAAGAAGGAGAAGAAGGCGAAGGGGGCCGAGAAGACGGCGGCCAAGAUGGAGAAGAAGGUCUCCAAGAGGGCCCAGAAGGAGGCGGAGGAUCUCGAGGCCCUCAUUGCUGAGUUCCAGACCCUGGAUGCUAAAAAGACACAGGUGGUGGAGACGAGCUGCUCCCCACCUUCGCCAAGGCUCAACGCAUCUCUGUGUGCGCAUCCCGAGAAAGAUGAGCUAAUUCUGUUUGGAGGUGAAUAUUUCAAUGGCCAAAAAACGUUCCUGUACAACGAGCUGUUUAUUUACAACAUUCGGAAGAAUAGCUGGGCUAAAGUUGACAUCCCGAGCCCGCCUCCCCGCCGCUGUGCUCAUCAGGCCGUGGUGGUUGCGCAGGGUGGUGGGCAACUUUGGGUGUUCGGUGGUGAGUUUGCCUCGCCAGACGGAGAGCAGUUUUACCACUACAAAGACCUUUGGGUCUUGCAUUUGGCCACCAAGACAUGGGAACAGAUCAAGGCCACCGGGGGGCCUUCCGGCCGCAGCGGACAUCGCAUGGUGUUGUGCAAGAGGCAGCUGAUUGUCUUUGGAGGGUUUCACGAAAGCACCAGAGAUUACAUCUACUACAACGACGCUUAUGCCUUUAACCUGGACACCUUUGCCUGGAUCAAGCUGGCGCCUUCUGGGAUGGCACCGUCUCCGAGGUCCGGCUGCCAGCUGGCUGCCACUCCCGAAGGCAACGUGCUCAUCUACGGAGGAUACUCUAAGCAGCGAAUUAAAAAAGAUGUUGACAAGGGCACUCUCCACACAGACAUGUUCUUGUUGAAGGCCGAAGGGUCAGACAAAUGGACAUGGACUCGGCUUACUCCGUCAGGUGUGAAGCCUACACCUCGGUCUGGCUUCUCAGUGGCUAUGAGCCUCAACAACCGGUCCCUUCUCUUUGGUGGCGUCCACGACGAGGAAGAGGAGGAGCACCUCGAGGGAGAUUUCUUCAAUGAUAUUUAUUUCUACGACUUGGCGAAGAACCGGUGGUUCCCUGGACAGCUGAAGGGACCGAAGUCCGAGAAGAAGAAAAGGAGGCGUGGCCAGGGGGUGGAGGAUACUAGCACGCUUUGGACGGAGGGCUCUGGCGAGACCCUUCCUGGCCCUGUGGAGAUCAUCAAGGAAGUGGUGGCUGAAGAUGGGACGAUCAUGACUAUUAAGGAGAUGAUCUCGUCCCCUGCGGCGGAGCUGCAAAGCUCGGAAUCGGAGGGUGAAGAUGACGCGACGGGAGAGGAGGCUUCUGGCCCACAGGUGGAGCCGUGCCCACGUUCCAGCGCCAUGCUGGCGGUGAAGCACGGGGUGCUCUAUGUCUACGGGGGGAUGUUCGAGGUGGGGGACCGCCAGUUCACACUGAACGACCUCUACGCUGUUGACCUCCACAAGAUGGAAGGAUGGAAGGUCCUUGUGGAGAUGGACCCCAAAACUCAAGAGUGGCUUGAAGAAUCGGAGUCUGACGAGGGCGAAGCAGUGGAAGGUGCUGAGGGAGGGGAGGAGGAGGAGGAGGAGGAGGAUGGCUCUGAGGAAGAGGAGAGUGGUGAGGAAGGCGAAGAAGAAGAAGAGGAGCAUCCAGCCAUCCAGCACGGUGAAAAGUAUGCCGACUAUCUCUCCAGGACAGAGCAAUACUGGGUGAAGCUGGCCCGGCAGAAUCUGGGCCCUGAUGCCAAGGACAAGAAGACGGUGAAAGUGGGCCAUGCCAUGGCAAAGGCCUUCUACGAAGAGUCUGCCUAGAGGAGGCUUUCCUGCCACUAAUCAGGAAGAGCGGGAACGAGGAAUGAUGCUUCCGGGACGCGCAGCCACUGCCGUGUAUUCCUUCCCAUUCCAUACGUUGUGGAGGUCAGGAAGACAGAUACACCUCAGUCUUUUUUGCAGGUCUUUGCACACCUGAUCAUGCCAGCAGGUCGUUCGUUGGAAGGCCCAUGAAGCAAGCGGUUGCAGUUCCAAAGUUCUUAGCUGGAGCCAGUAUGCAUGGGUGGCAAAACUGUACGCCCAAGUUUUUUCCCUAGUUUACUGUCGAGGAGCACUAUGUGUUUGAAUGCUUCUUUGUGAGUGUGUGUGUGUCCGGGCUCUCUGCACUCAGAAAACUAAUUUGCUAACUUUCUGCAUGCCAGGAGGGGUUGUCUCCCCUCGCCCCCAUAGAGGAUCUUUCCAGUGCUCAGUUCGACACCCACAAUCUGAAUGGUAUGGUUGAAGAAAAGCCGUGGCACUAAAACAAAUUGUGGAGUAGCCAUCAAGUGUGGCUGCUUAUGGUGGGCCGCUGAAGCUUCAGUCCCCCUAGCUGGGUUUCCUGAGGACAAUGUGCAAGUGUGUUGGGAGAGGGGGAAGAGCUCUGGACCCUUCCUUAGUAGCACUGGAGGAAAUACAGGGAGAGGACCGCUUAGAGGGAAGCGGAGAUUCUAGUAGGAAGCUCUUUUGAGCAAACAGGUCCAGUGUGUGAGAAACUCCAGGUGCCCCCUAUUCCCUCAGCCCAGAUCUCAAAAGGAUUUUAUAAAUAAAAGUUCUUCACGUUC